CACACACAACGCCCAUCAAGGCGAGGACUUGUAUUUGCAGUCUUCUGAUCCCUCGUGUACGGAACCUCGUCAUCUGUACUCUUCUCGUCCGUCAUCCCGAAAACUAGAGAGUUGGGGUAACCCGAAAGACGUCGUCUGCUCACGCCGACCACCGAACAAGCAACACCGCCAUGUGGAUCAUUAACUGGUUCUACGACAUCCUGUCGUCGCUCGGCUUGGUCAACAAGCAUGCCAAGCUGCUGUUCCUGGGUCUCGACAAUGCCGGAAAGACGACGCUGCUGCACAUGUUGAAGAACGACCGUGUUGCGAUCCUGCAGCCGACGCUGCAUCCCACCUCCGAAGAGCUUUCGAUUGGCAAUGUGAGGUUUACGACCUUUGACUUGGGAGGCCAUCAGCAAGCCCGCCGCCUUUGGAAAGACUACUUCCCCGAAGUCAACGGCGUCGUGUUCCUCGUCGACGCCAAGGACCACGAGCGCUUCCCCGAGGCCAAGGCCGAGCUUGACGCGCUUUUGUCGAUGGAAGAGUUGGCCAAGGUGCCGUUCGUCAUCCUCGGCAACAAGAUCGACCACCCGGACGCCGUCUCCGAGGACGACCUCCGCCAUCAUCUCGGCCUGUACCAGACGACGGGCAAGGGCAAGGUGCCGCUCGAGGGCAUCCGGCCUAUCGAAGUGUUCAUGUGCUCGGUGGUGAUGAGGCAGGGGUAUGGCGACGGCAUCCGGUGGCUCUCUCAGUACGUGUAGACGGCCGGUGCUCGGGGCUUGGGGGCGUUAAUCCAGAGUGAUAUCUGUUGUGUGGAGAGUGUGGUGUGGCGCAGGAGCCGGGGGGGUUUUCGAGAAUUGGGGCCAUGGCCGUGGAAGUGGCCAAUGAUAAAUUCAGGCCUACUCGAGUGCAUCUCACUAUCGACGGGGCUGGCGUGGAAGUGGGUUCGUGCUGUUGCGCGGGCCGGUGUUGCUGUUGGGGAUGGAUACACUGUGUCCUUAUUAUUACAUCUAUUUGCUCUACCAAACACUAUAUGACUCGCCAACUAUGUCUCUCGUGUGAGU